GGACAAAGAGCUCGCUCAAUCUCCUCAACAGCCGUCGAGUGUCACGAACUACAACAACCCAUUAUUCCGUUCGCCUACGAUACAGCUGUCAAAUACCGACUAAGAUACCCAUCAAUUCGAACUCUUCAGUCUUCUGUGCCACCUCGGUUCCAUCUCCAGCACCACGUCGCAAGCUCGAGAAACAGCUAGCGACAGAAACUCCUGUGCUCUACGAACCGACCGGACAGGCGAAAACGUGUUGGUCGUCGAUAUUUGUGGUCAAGCACUUUAGGAAUAUACUGUAUCGACUUCUACACCCACCGCUCGAGAGCGUCUGUUCAGGAAUUUGAAGAUAUAAACAACGCUCGAAAUCAAAGCCUGAAAACAAACAACCCGCCUACCUAUAAAUCAUUCAUACUUUGACUCUCUUGAGGAGGACACGGCUCCGUCCGCCACUCCUCCGCCGCUCGCGGUAGAAUGGCCAGUCCGGCCAACCCUUUCGCUGUGCUCCACCAAACGGACGGAGCAGCGAGCUCAAGAGGACGCGGACGCGGUGGAGCAUUCAACAGGCCCACGACAUUCCAACCUCGAGGCGGUAGCACAAAUGUUCCAUUCAAUCCUAGUCUUCGAGGACGAGGUCGCGGCCGAGGAGCCUCAACCGCGACAAGAGCUGGUCGUGGUAACGCGCGCGGCGCAGGUGCUGCAGGGAAUACAUGGCGCGGUGGUCAAAAACCGGAAGGCCAAACAAGGGCUGCUUCGCCCUUUGCGCAGCUGAAACAGACCUCGCCUGCAACAACGUCGCCAGCGCCGGCAACUGGGCCUCUCUCGCAGCAGAAACCCGCAUUCACGGGGUUCGGCAGAGGGUCGCCACGACCAUUUGGGGCUGCGUCGUCAACUCGCCGUGGUACGACUGUCAAUUCUGCGAGAGAUCCGCGGACUAAGACUCACUCGAACCCGACAAAUGGAGGCCCCAGAAACGGCGUCCCUGUUGAAGACGUCUCGACUGUGGAGAGCUACAGUGAUCGAUACGAGCAGCUCAAACUUGAUCGUGCCAAACAAAGGCAACAGGCCAUCAAAGACGGGCAGAUGGCGGAUCCCAACCAGCCUAUGUCCUUGAACAAAGCGAUCACACCAGUGGGCACUUGUACCAGCAUGUGCCCUCAGUUCGAGCGUGUAGAGCGCAUUGUCCAGAAGAUGGUUGAUAAGAGUGAAAAGUAUCUCGACCCCAAGACGAAUACACUGCAGAACCUGGAGACAAAGAUGCUUAAGCGAUUUCGACGAUCUGCCGCAGGGUACGAUGAGCAACUUCCGUCUGAUAUUCGAACGCCUGCUACAUUACUUCAAACGAUGAACUACUUGACGCGACAUAUUAUUGGUGGUUCGGAGCCUUUGGGAUUAAUCCACAAAUUCGUGUGGGAUCGUACGCGGUCAAUUCGCAACGACUUUUCUGUUCAGCAACUUACGCAAGAGGAGGAUGUGAAGGUUGCGGUGACGUGUCUGGAACGAAUCGCCCGUUUCCAUAUCGUUUCUCUCCAUUUACUCUCCAGUCCUGAAAAUGAGGAGCCAUUUGACCGACAUCAGGAACGAGAACAGCUGAACAACACGAUGCUGUCCUUGAUGUACUACUACGACGACAAUAGAGGCCGGAUUUUUUUUCCCAACGAAGACGAGUUCCGCGCUUACUAUAUCAUCUUCUCUAUUCACGACCAACGACCUGACUUGGAGGCUCGCGUCCAGAAAUGGCCUACCGAGCUGAGGAAUUCACCGCGUGUCAAGACAGCGUUGGAGCUGUUCGCGGCUGCUGGAAACACCUGGGAGUACCAGGGUACCCUUGACGCUAAGCGGCCUAAUGCAAUCGCGCAGGGCUUCUACGAGCGGUUUUUCAGUCUGGUCAACUCUCCAGGCGUAUCAUAUCUUAUGGCCUGUGUUGCGGAGAUUUACUUCAACCACAUGCGCCAGACCGCCAUUCGUUCAAUCUGGAAAGGAUACUGCCGCUAUCCCGCCUCGCAACAGCACAAAAACGAAGAGUGGACGGUUGACGAGCUGACAAGUGUACUGUACUUUGACGACGCCGACCAGACAAUUGAGUUCUGCGAAGCCCAGGAUUUGGAAUUCGCCGAAAAUGCCAACGGGGACCUAUAUCUCAACUGGGGGAGCCGCCCUGUUGAUUCUGUUGCCUUUCAACCUUCUUCCGACCAUUCCUUCUCUGAUAGCUAUGUUGAGUCAAAGCGUGCAGGUAGAAACCUGGUUGCUAUCGUCCUCGGAUUGAACGUCAAGGAAGCCGCAACACUGGGCAUGAUUGAUAGAGAACUUCUCUCUGAGCGUAACUCUGCGAUGACAUCUCACGAUAACGAUGAGUCCUUGUUUGUGAGCGACGACGAUAACGAGAUGUCUACACCUACCUCACAGUCGAACAAUACCACCAGUAUGACUGGAGCACUGUCUUCAGCCUUUGGAGCUUCAUCUCAGCCAGCUCCUGGCAACCUCCCAAGCCCUGGCCUCGGUGCUUCGUUCUCCCCAAAGCCGGAAGAACCCAAGCCCUCCGUGUCCCCGAAUCCCUUCGGGCCUUUGUUUCCUUCGGCCAGCUCACAAAGUAGCUCUGUGAGCCCUCCAGCUCCAUCUCUCAACCCUUUUGCGAAGCCGUUUUCACCAUUGCCUUCCGCCCGAACAACCGAGAAGCCAACCCCCUCCCCACCUCCGGUGAGCAACGGCCAGCCGGCAAGCGUCUUCUCCAGUGGAGCUAUGCUUGCGCAGUCGAAGGCGGAGCAGAAAGCUCCUAGUCCGGCAAUCUCACCUUUCCAAUUCCCAGGCGUCUCUCAACCUUCGAAGCCCGCAAGCCCUUUCCCAAGUGGAAAUGCGCUUGCUCAGGCAAAACCCGAGGACAAAGCGUCUACUCCGCCAGCCGCAACACCGUUCCAAUUUCCAGGCGUUUCCAAACUCACAUCUCAAUCUUCCGCACCUGAUAUCUUCUCGAACAUUCAACAACCCACACCAUCCACUACCUCUCCUUUCAGUGCUCCUCAACUUCCUGCUACUGUUCAACCUAGUGGCCCGACUGCUGGACAGUCUUCUACUAGCGUAUUCGACACAGCGAAACCCACUCCUGCCUCAGAGGGCCGUGCUCCAGUGUUUAGCUUCAGCAAACCCGAACCUGUUGCUUCAAAGCCACAAGCAAGUGCUUCGGAGAUAUCAAUAUCACAGCCACCUCCCCAACCGACUCAAGCCUUCCCCUCGUUCCAGCCAGAGAAAAAGAAAGAGGAAGCCCCCUCAAUCCUUUUGUCUCCCAAACCGUCACCUUUCCCGGCCCCUUCUACCUUCGGACUGCCUAUUGCUUCUACACCCCAACCGAGCUCAAAUCAACUUGCUGCAGGCCCAUCGGCCUCUCCAGCCCAAGAGAGCGCAUCCUCUUUGACCGCCUCUCAAGAACCUUCGCCCCUGGCCAGCAAUGGAAUUGUUAAGAAACCCGCCUUCCCUCCACCACUCCAGUCGAAAAUGCCGGAAACGGCGGCGCCUCAGGAAUCUGCUCCUGGUGUGCAGGCUGACGUACCUGAAACCGAUCACGCACCGGUGAAGACCGUCAGCGAAGAACAGGAACCCGCACAAGGCGAAGCUGAACGUAAACUCGCUUGGAUAAACUCUCUAAAAGAGGCUGCUAGUCGCCGAAGAAGGACGGUGUCAACCCCAGAAGCAACGCCGACCAGUCGCAAACGUGUCUUUGAAGAGCAAGAAACCCCCCCCGCAAAGGAUGAAGUUAAGGCACAGAAAGUGGCCAAGCCCGAGCGGCCUCGAAAAUCGAUGGCUCAAGCUUCCGUGAGACCGUUACCCAAGCUUCCAAUCCUUGAGGCGAUAGAGUCCAUGACUGCCCGGAAACCGGUGGAAAAGCCCGGGCCUCCUAAACCGAACCAAGUCGACGAAGAUGAAAUUCUUCUUUCAGCUGCGCGUAUUGCUGCCGAGACUCUGAGAACCGGACCACGCCUUCUAGACGCCUUUUCCGCGCCUACUACCUACGAACCGUGGCGCUCUUCAUUCAGCCCUGGAAGUAGCGUCGCUUCCUCAGUCGCAUUCUCUCGAAGCCAAUCGCCUCAGCAAUCCGUCCACGGAUACGACGUCGCCCUAGCUCCAGAAACCAACUUGGGACUCGGACGCACAUUAUCUCGAACUGAACAAAGACUCCGUCUCACAGGCGGUAAGGGUCUAGCUUACAAGCCUCUGAACUUUUCCCCCGGGUCGUCAUUGCGCACGCCCCCGAAGAAGUAACUUGACCUCGAUUCGAACGUGCUCUUCCUCGCUUGUACCUUUAGAGCAAAUGUAUGUAUCUACCUCGACCAGUGUAAUUGUUGGCCGCGUUACAGACUCACAAUUAUGCCAGUGGUCUGGUGUUUUGGCAUUGGCGGGUUUUUGUUGCAUUGCGUGGUGUUUGAUGGGUGGUUUCUUGCCUGUAUUUCUUGUGGGAUCUGUCUUAGCUUGUUAUGUGAUAUUUUGGGAUUAAUGCAUGAGGCUGCGUGCUAGCUUCGAGGACACACAUGAAGUCGUAUACUUGGUCUUCAGAUCUCUACCGGUGUACAUGUGUAGAUGUUGUUCACGGACUUCCUUGAGCAUGCCUUGGUAUGGAUGUAAACCCAUGAACCGAUUAAGUCACAUGACCC